AAUGGCUAAGAAUAACCUUUUUCGUUUAUAUAAUCCAUAUUAUUAUGUAAUGCACAAGGAAAGAAACAGUGAAUAUAGAAGACUGAUUUAUUGUCGAUUUUUACUCAAUUUGAGAUAACAAAAAAGGCGCCAUGGGAGCUCGUCAAGCUAAAAUGAAGAAAAAUUUAGGAUCCAAACGAAAAGGAUCCAGUAGUGAAGAAACAGGAUUUAAGAGAAAAAUACUCAAAUGUUUCUUUACUGAUGAGGCUGAUGACGAAUCGGAAGAAAGGGACAUUUCUGUACAGAAUCUUUUGACUAGAAAUGCUAAUAAAGUAGAGAUAAAUGAUCUAGCUGAUAUCAAUGUUCUUAUCACUACUGGUUUUGAAAUAAAGAACAACGAUCUAGCUGAUAUCAAUGAUCCGGUCAGUACUGAUAAAGAAAUAAAAAACAGCGAUAUAGCUGAUAUCAAUGAUUUGAUCUGUACUGAUAAAGAAUUAGAGAACACUGAUCUAGCUGAUAUAAAUGAUCUGAUCAGUACCGAUAAUGAAAUAGAGAACAAAGAUUUAGCUGACUCACAAGAACAAAGUAGUAGCAAGACUGAAUAUAACAACGAUGAUGACUCCAGAAAUAAAUCAGGGGACGAGGAGAAGAACGUUGAAAAAAGAGCUCACACAAUUGCUAGAAUUGUUGAGGAACAUGCUUUAUUGAAAUUAGAGGAAGAGGAAUUCGAGACAAUAAACACUGAUGAUGAAAGUAAUGAAACAAUUUCAGAGACAUCGAUACAGAUAAUAGAUGAGGAAAAAGACGUAGAACAGAAACCUGAUGAAUAUGUUUAUAGAAUCCUUCGAUUUAACGAAACCUAUCAUAAUGGGCUUAGACCAAAGAACAUCUUCUCUAGAAUUAGUCUUCAGCAACACGUGGAACGAGGAAGUAAGGGCCAGGAAUCGAGGUUUAUUUCCUGCUGCAAAACACUGUAUGGCAUAGAGAGGCUAGGAAGCCUAACGAAUGAGUUUCAAAGAAUAAGACAGGUGGUACGGAUAAAUAUAACAAAGCUUAAAGACAGGGCCCGAGUUAUAGAUCUGACAAAGGAGGAAAUACGAGAGCGUCAUAUAUCACGUUAUUCUGCAGCAUGGGGGUAUGCCGAAAGGUUUGAAGAAGUGAUCAUAGACCCAACGUCAUGUGUUCCUUCUGAAUGUGUCGAAAAAAUCGGUGUCGUUCAUAUGAGGAGUUUUAUUAAAAGAUAAGGUGUUGUUCCUCUACCUUCUUGAAAAGACAUAAUAUUUACUUCACGUAUUAACUUAACGAACACUAAA